AGUUGUCUUCACGCUUCAUUGGGUCGUCGUAGAACUGGUCGCGUCUUCUUUCGUAAGCUCCCUUUUACAGAUGCACGAAGAAAUCGCAGAGAACGCUAUCUUGUUGUAACAAAAUGUCGGGAAAAAAUGGCGAAGGCGUGCUGUCAACAAUAUGUAGAUACGAUACACCAAAAGAAAUGCGUAUCGAGAACCGCAAAAUCGGCUCAAUCUAUCGCAUUUUGCAAGUUGGCAUUUUGGGUGUAAUUAUCGUGAGUAUCAUUGUGAGUAAAGGAUGUCAAGACACAGAUGAAGUUGUUAGUGCUGUUACAGCCAAGGUAACGGGAGUUGCCUACACAAAUAUAACAGACAGCCUCGAUCUAAACGUCCAAGAUGUCACUCCAUACAACAGAAUCUGGGAUCCAGCGGAUUAUGUCAUACCCCCUGUGCUGGACAACGCCUUUUUUGUGAUGACAAAUAUGAUAAUAACACCUAAUCAAACUAGGGAAAGGUGUGCGGAGAUUUGCUUUAGUUUUCUGACUGUAAUUAUUUUUACAGGUGUUAAAACUGGUGAAUGUGUGACGUACAUUUACCCAAAUGGAUCAACAGACAAUACUUCAACUUGCGAAAUUGAAGCUUGGUGUCCUGUGGAGUAUAAUGAGACACCACUCAAGAAUGAAGCUAUGUUAUUAGAAGCUCAAAACUUCACAGUUCUUAUUAAGAACAGCAUUAGAUUUCCAAAGUUUGAUGUUGAAAGGCAAAAUAUAGCUAAGGAGAUCACUGAUGCAGAACUUAAAACAUGUCAUUACGACAAAAUCUCAAAACCAUCAUGUCCAGUGUUUGGCUUGGAUUAUAUUGUCCAAGAGGCUAAACAAAAUUUUUCAAAGCUUGCAUACCAGGGGGGUGUGAUAGGAAUUUAUAUAAAGUGGAAUUGCAACUUAGAUAGGAACCAUGAUGCAUGCCAACCAGAAUAUUCCUUCGAAAGGCUUGAUAAUAUUAGAGAUAAAGAUGCUUCUUUAGGAUAUAACUUUAGGUUUGGAAAGUUUUACGUUAAAGAUGGAAUUGAGUAUCGAACACUGACUAGAGCAUAUGGUAUAUUAUUUGAGAUAAUUGUUUCUGGAACAGCAGGCAAAUUCGACUUCAUAACAUUGAUGUUCAGCCUAGGGGCUGGUUUUGCUUGGUUUUCCAUAGCAAAUUUAGUGUGUGACCAAAUCACUUUCUUCCGCCCACCCUCCUGCUCACCCUGCGUAUCGUGCUGCCACUGUGAUAACGAGACAUUGAUCAAAUAUAAAUACGAUUAUAUGAAUGAUGAUGCUGAGAAUAAAACUGCACGAAACCCUAAACCUCAAGGCAUCGCGAUGCAGCAAAUGCAGGCUGAUAACAAAGUUUAAUGCAUUUGCAUUUCAUGUGACUGUGGUAAAGUAUUCUUUAGAAAUGUUUACAGCAUUGGUUGCCGCAAAUUGGCAAUGAAUAAAUUGAGCUCUCUUGAGUGGUGUUUUAGUAUUAUGCAAAUGAUACGGUAAAGUACUAGUAGUAUAAUUAGUGAAGAAGUUCCGGUGUGCCCUUUGUCGUGAAAGCAAUCAUUUUAUGUAUCUUAAUAUGAAUCUUAAUGAAUGAACAAGAAGAAGCAUGUUGCUAUUUUUUAAAACGUGGCAAAGAGCAAGUAGACAAGAUCAAAUGAUAGAAAAAUGUAUGGUUUCUUUAUUUUGACACAUACUGACAGUAGACAGUUGCUUAUGGUGUCAAAGCGUUCAGAAAUAUUAAUUUAUUGGCCUAUUUAGUCGAGAAUGAUAAAAAAUUCCAUUAUUACCCUUUAAAUCAUAUGAGCAUUAAAGCAUUAUUAUACCAUUAUUUUCUCCAUGGUUAUACCUAGUAGACAAUUGCUAUUGGUCAUCACAAGUACAUUUUUUGCUCUGUCAAAAAUGCACUGCGCUGUGACACCGUCCGAGUAAAAGCGCUUAAUAAAAUUGUUCAAAUAAUUAUAUAAUGAUUAUUAUUAUAUAGGAUUAAAAGGCUGAUCCUUUCCAAGUUGCGAUUAGUGGCAAUAUAUAUAUAUUUAUGUUUUUGUAGUAACACAAAUGUCAUUAGUAAUGUAGCUGCAGAUAGUGAAUUAUAGAAAUAAAAAACUUGAAUAAACACUUCCCACCCUCACAGCCUAAAUAGACAGUGAGGUUGGGAAUGGCUUAGAAAUCCAUUGACCAUUUUUACAUUACUCUACAAUAGUCUGCAGGCUCGAAUCUCAAAGGAUAUUUCUAUCAUCAUGUACCAUUAUAUAUAGGCCUACUAAUUUAAGUAUAUAAUAGUAUAUAAUAUUAUAUACUAAUUUAAGUAGGUAAGGACAAAAUAUUUGAGAGGAUUUACUGUCCAGACACGUGCACAGCUAGCUCUGGAAGAAAUAUAUCGUAGCACCAUAUUUUUAAAUGUCUUACUAUUAUUGGCAUAUUUUGAGUUUUGAUAUGUUCAUUAAGAUAUCGUAAAAAAUAAUUUUAUAAUAACACGAGUCUACAAAAUAUUGGACGAGGACUUGUCACGCUACAAAACCAACACAUGUGAUCCGAAAAAAUAAUAGGUCGAGUAUGGGACGCCAAAUAAAUUAGAUAUGGCACGCACUAAACGCAUUAAAGCGUGAGUAACACAAAAUUAGGGCCUGGAACCCAGGCUAACCUACGUCACCUACGUCCUACAAUCUGAUACUCUGCCUCUACUGUGCUAACGCAAUUUAAGUAAUGAAUUCUCACUUGUGUUGAUCUUCCUCGUCCUCGUCCAAUAUUUUGUAGACUCGUCCAGUAUUUUGUAGACUUUCUCGUUGGUGGCGCUGUCCAGAAUGAAAAAACAUAAAAAGGGAUCGGAUUCGUGGCAAGUCCUCUCUUUGCUUUUGUUUGACUAUUUUACCUGUUUAAACUUUUGUUUUACUUUACAGUAUUUUAUUUAAUUGUAUCUCAUUUAAUUGGUCUAUAUACUUUAACAGGAAACCAUAUAUUAUACUAUCCCAUUAAUAACACCAAAUUAUGUAUCCAUUUAUUUUACUUCUAUAAAUUACCUCCAAUCACCAUCUCUGUUAUAUUGUAACCAUGGGCCUUUAAUUCACCCUUUUUUAUGUUGUUCAUUUUGUUUUAAAUUUGAUUUCAUGUACCAUCAGGUAUUGUGAAAUAUCAUUAUUAUUAUUAGACGUAGGUAAGAACGUAGGCCUACCACUUUAGUGAGUGCGACUGAUACAACCGCGUGCACUAAAUAAUUGAAUAAAAUGUAUUAGUUAUAAAA